UGUCUCUCAUCACCCACCAUGUCAAUUCCUCCGGUCAGCCUCCACACAAUCCUCUCUGAAUCAAAUCGCAUAAUCAAGGAACACUCACUUCACUUCAAGGUUCUCGGCGUCCUCUUCCUCGUCCCUAUAUCUUACUCUAUCUCCCUUUACCCGAUCCUCAAACCUCAAUUCCUUCUCCUAGACCAAAAAAGUCUUAUUCUCGCACUCUCUUACACAGCCUUUGUUUUUGUUUUAUCACUCUGCGCUACAUCCUCCAUCACCUACAGUGUCUUCAAAGGAUUCUACGGUAGACCGGUCAAGUUUGUAUCUGCUAUCAAAUCCAUUUUUAACUCUUUUCUGCCUCUCUUCGUUACCACUUCUCUUUGUCAUAUAAUUUUAUCCGGGGUUCUUGUUAUUUUUGCAGUUUUCUUGUUUUCGGUUGUUAAAUUUGCUGAGGUUGUUGGGUUCGAUCAAUAUGAGUACUCUUCUCCUUAUUUUAUAUGUUUUGGAUUGGUUAUUUUGAUUGUUUAUCUGUUUGUUUUGGUUUAUUUGGGAGUGAAGUGGAGUUUGGUGCCUGUGAUUGUGGUGGUUGAAUCAAGCUGGGGCGUGAAGGCUUUAAAGAGAAGUGCAACUCUAAUAAAUGAAUAUAAGUCGACGGGUUUGUCUUUGUAUUUGUAUUUCUUAAUGAUGACUGGGCUUCUAGUUUGGAUCAGUUCGCUAUGGAGUACAACUUUGUUUGGUAUGGAUUUUGAUGAUAAGUGGGAUUUGGCACUUGUGUUUCUAUCUUUGACGACUACACAUUUGCUAAUUAUUUGGGUGUUCCUCGCGUGCGCAGCGGCCAAUACUGUGUUGUAUAUACAUUGCAAGGCUGCUGUUAAUGGGGAAAUUAUAAGCGAGGAUUUUUUUGCAAAGGAAUAUGUAAGCCUGCCUUUUGAUGAUGGAAAAGUACCUCUUCUUAAAGGUUAUUAGAUUUUUGUGCUUUGUAAUGUCUCAGAAGUACUUUGUUUCUUGUAUUGUCUCUGAUAAAAAUUUUGGUGAAGUAAUAGAAAAACAAAGUGUAUGAGACAGAUUCUCUUGCUGGA